CUGGAUUUCUGGUUGGUCAAUAAUGCUGAAAAAUCGGAAAUUACGAAUGUUUUAGGAAAGCUAUACCGUACAAUUAUCUGCGAAUAGAUACACAGACCUUCGGACAACAGGUGGAAUCGUCGAUAUAUCGUCAGGUUCAUUACCGAUUUGGCAGCGUGAACAAAGUUGGGCAAAAUGUCUUCGUCGGCAAUUUUUAUUCUCGACGCAAAGGGAAAGGUGUUGAUAUCGCGCAACUAUCGCGGCCAUAUCGAUAUGGGCGUGAUCGAUAAGUUUAUGCCGCUGUUGAUGGAGAAGGAAGAAGAAGGGCUUAUUACACCGAUCCUCCAGACGCCGGAAUGUACGUUCGCGUACGUGAAGACGAACAACCUGUACCUGGUUUCGGUCACCCGAAGCAAUGCCAACAUUGCGCUGGUAUUUGUCUUUCUUCACAAGGUGGUCCAGGUGUUUACCGAGUACUUUAAGGAGCUGGAAGAGGAAAGCAUACGGGAUAAUUUCGUGGUGAUUUACGAGCUGUUGGAUGAGCUGAUUGACUUCGGGUAUCCGCAGACGACGGACAGCAAAAUAUUGCAGGAGUACAUUACGCAGGAAGGCCACAAGCUGGAAAUACAGCCACGGAUUCCGAUGGCGGUUACGAACGCGGUAUCGUGGCGCUCGGAGGGCAUUAAAUACCGCAAGAACGAGGUGUUUCUGGAUGUGAUCGAAAGCGUCAAUCUGCUGGCGAACGCGAACGGUAAUGUGCUGAGAAGCGAAAUUGUCGGAGCGAUCAAAAUGCGUGUCUACCUGUCCGGUAUGCCGGAGCUGCGCCUCGGCCUGAACGAUAAGGUGCUGUUCGAGAGCACGGGCCGGGGCAAGUCAAAAUCCGUCGAGUUGGAGGAUGUGAAGUUCCACCAGUGUGUACGUCUGUCGCGGUUCGAGAACGAUCGUACGAUUUCGUUCAUUCCACCGGACGGAGAGUUUGAGCUGAUGUCGUAUCGGUUAAACACGCACGUGAAGCCGCUGAUUUGGAUCGAGUCCGUCAUCGAGCGUCACGCGCACAGUCGCGUGGAGUACAUGAUCAAGGCAAAGUCGCAGUUCAAGCGUCGAUCGACGGCGAACAACGUGGAAAUUGUCAUUCCGGUGCCGGCCGAUGCCGAUUCACCCAAAUUCAAAACCACCAUCGGUAGCGUAAAGUACGCACCGGAGCAGAAUGCCAUUACAUGGACAAUUAAAUCAUUCCCGGGUGGCAAGGAAUAUCUAAUGCGUGCCCACUUUGGUCUGCCCAGCGUGGAGUGCGAAGACAGUGAGGGAAAACCUCCGAUUCAGGUGAAGUUUGAAAUUCCCUACUUCACCACGUCCGGCAUUCAGGUUCGAUAUUUAAAAAUUAUCGAAAAAAGUGGAUACCAAGCCCUGCCCUGGGUGCGAUACAUCACCCAGAACGGUGACUAUCAGCUGAGAACGAACUAGAGUACGAGACGGUGCCUAUCGAAGAAUAAUUGUUAAGUUUCCCGCCCUCCAUUUCCCUUCCCUAAACAUCAUCCUGCACCAUGUACGUGUACGAUUCCGUUUGCUAGAAAGAUGCCCUGAAAGUGAGCACUAUCCAUUAUCAUCUUCAUCGGUUGAUCGAACCAGAUUGUUUUUUUUUCUGUCGUUUUUAAUUUGCGGUAUGCAGUAUUAUUACACAAGGUGUGGCCGUGCUUCACGGUUAGCGCGAGAGUAUGAUGAGCAGCUUCGGUGGAAGAAACACUCCUAGCGAAAGUCUCAAUCUUCCUACUUUUAGUAAUUCAUUUGCUUUUCUUUUUGCACAGUUGCAAGUUCGUUCCAUGUUUUAAAAUGUCCGAAGAAGCAUUUAGGGCGAUUUUUUUUUAUUUCUAUCAAUUUUUGUACUUUCGUUUUGGAACUGUCCUGUUUUAGUCAAAAUUGUUUAUUCUAUUCUUUCGUGCGGGAUUUCAAGAUUGUUUGAGAAAAUUUAAGUUUUAUGCCUAACGUUAACCACCAUCCUGUAAAACGAAACAUGUAGCAAGAAUACAGUAAUAAAGUAAAGUCUAAAGCC